AUGUUGGUUGCAGUAGUGUCGUAGGAGGCGACCAUGACGACAGAAGUCAACAGAUUUUCAGUGUUUGACAGAUGUUCGUUCAAGACAAGCCGCUUCAUUCAAUGCCGAAGAAAAGGAGACGACGACAGCACUGUGUCUUUGGAUUAUUUACCGCCGACUGAAAACUGAAACAUGUCAGCGGAAAAGGCGACGAGCCCCUGUAACAAAUUUCAAGCUAACAUUUUUAAUAAGAGUAAAUGCCAAAACUGCUUCAAGUCCCGGGAACUGCAUCUGCUCAACGACCGAGACAUGGAACAGGCCAAACCGAUCUAUGGAGGAUGGCUUUGUUUGGCACCUGAGGGCACAGACUUUGACAACCCGAUGCAAAGGUCAAGGAAAUGGCAGCGGCGCUUCUUUAUCCUUUACGAACACGGCAGCCUGAGCUUUGCCCUGGAUGAACUGCCUAGCACUUUGCCUCAGGGGACGCUGAACAUGAACCUCUGUACAGACAUCACAGACGCUGAGCCCAGGACGGCCCAGAGAAAUGCCCUUUGCAUUGUCACACCAGAGCAGGAAAUAUUCAUCCGGGGCGACAACAAAGAGAUCAUUAAUGGAUGGAGUGAACAGCUAUCUGUCUACCUGCGGAUUAACAAACAAAACCUGAAGAAAAAGCGCAAAGUGGAGCCAGUGGCCACUCAGGAGCCCAGUCCCGCAAAAAUGGCUGCAACAGAUUCAAAUCUUACAUUCUGUGAGAGCUCUACCAUCUCCAGUCACUGUAUAGAAGACCAACAGAGCAGGAGACCGGAUGUAACCUCCGUCUGGACUGUCACUGAUCCCCCAGGCCUAGAACAGACCCCUGCAGGCAAAUCAUCAUCUUACCUGCCAGUGUCAGUAUCCAAGGAAGCUGUGCCCUUGAAUGGUGGCAGCAGCUUUAGUAGCUCUGUUUUGGACUUGCCGCUUGAUGAAAACAACAGUAUGCAUACACCAGCAAAUGAAAAGGACCAGCGCAUGAGCAUUGGCAGCACAGCAGAGAGGAUUCUGGGGUCAGAGGUCACAGUGACAGAGCAGGAAGAGGAAGCAGCACUUUCAAGGAAGAGCAGGAGUGAAGCUCGCACCAGCAAGCGAGAGAAACUGCAGUCAUGUGGUGACAUAUCCCAGCUCAGCGUUCACCAUCCUCACAGAAGAGCUAAGUCUCUUGACGGUAGAACAUCAGACAAUGUAAUGACGCCAGAUUUAUUAAACUUCAAAAAAGGCUGGAUGGUAAAACUAGAUGAAAAUGAUCAGUGGAAAAAAUACUGGUUUGUGCUCUCCACCGACAGUCUAAGAUACUACAAAGACUCUGUAGCAGAGGAGGCAUCACAUGUUGAGGGAGAAAUUGACCUGACAAAGUGCCAUAAUGUGUCUGAGUACCAGGUGCAGAGGAACUACGGUUUUCAGAUCAAUACCUCGAAGGCCACCUUUACGUUGUCUGCCAUGACUGCAGGGAUACGCAGGAACUGGAUCCAGGCCCUGAUGAAAAAUGUGCAUCCAGCCAAUGCCCCAGAUGUAGCAAGUUUACCUGGCCACCAUGUUCCCUGCAGCACACCUGAAGCCCUCCCCAAACCAGAUGUGACUCAGGACUCCCCCUCUACCGAUGUCCCCACGGAGAGAGAUUCUCUCCUGAAACCCAAGAACGUGACGGACAGACGCCGCGGAGGUCGCUACAAAACCUUCGACUGGACUGGACUGGAUUUUAGUCCUCAGAACAAACCGACACCGGAGACAGAUCCUAGGAGAACCGAACCUCCGUGCUCGUUGGAAAUGGUUGACCUGGAGAGAAGGAAGAGGCGAGAGGAGAGGAGGAGAAGGUAUGAGCACAUGCUGGGCUUCUCUCUGAGCUGGGAAAAGAAGACAGUGGCUGCGAGUGUCAGAGCACUGAGUCCAACAUCACAACACAAAAUAGAGGAAGACAUAGAGGAGCGCUGGAAGCAGGUGGAAAACACUGUGUUUAGACUGGAAAGGGCUGUUCCACUUUACACCAAAGAUAAAGCAGAUGUGGAGAAGCUGCUGGACAGCUACAGGACGUGGGCUGAGGAGCUAAAGGCCAAGCUGGUAGAAUCUGAGCAUCGCGUACUGGAGCUCGAAGCUCAGCUGAGUUCAGGGCCAUAUCAGCAGCAGCAGCUGGACCCUUUGCUAAUUGAAGCAGAAGCAGAUGUUUGCCCAUGGGAGGCAAAUGAAACAUCACUGAACAGCCAAACACUAAGCUUGAACACAUAUGAAGAAACAAAUGAGCUCCUACAGCAGCAGAACCUCAUUGAACAGGAGACAAACUUUUCCCCUCAGACACCCAGCAUUUGGCUGCAUGACACAGAGGGCAAUCUCCAAGAUCUAGGACAUUUGCUUCCUAACAACAUUCCCACAUUGUUACUUUCACCUUCAUCAGACAACCAAGACCUGCUUUCUCCAGCCGAUGGACAAGCUGUGGAGCUAAACUUGAAUGCUGCAGAAAGCGCCCAUAAGGAUAUGACAAACUCAGAAGACAGUGAGUUGAUUCUCACUUCGGAAGCACAGAUAAAUAACAAUGGGUAUAGUUCAAGGUCUUUAAGUCUAUCUCCAGACCAGGCAGCUGUGAGGAGACUUUCACAAGAGGUGGAGCUUCUCACUGGCCAGAACCAGGCCCUCAACCAGCGCAACCAGGAGAUGCUAAACCAGCUGACUGAAGCAGACCGCGAGAUAGAACGCCUGAAAGCCGAGCUCAACAGCAGGUAUGCUGACUGUACUCAUCAUCUUCCAGAAGUGGAACAACAAGGAAACCUCAGGGUGGAAGAUUUGGAGAGGGAGCUGAGCUUGAGGAACCAGGAGCUCCUAGAGGCCCAAACGCUGAUCAUCUCCCUGGAGGAAAGCCUGAGGGAGACUGAGGCCUUGCUUCAUAUGAACAUCCCCGCAGCAACAGAAGUAGAAGGGGAGGUCAAAAGCGACGGCGCUACGAAAGCGGAGGAAUACAUGCUGCGGUGUUUUGAGGCUACCGAGGCCAAGCUCACGGAGCUGGAGAGGCAGCUCAGCCAAUCAGAGAUGACCUGCAGGGAGCUCCAGGUGCAAAACUCAGAGCUGAAGGAAGCAGAGAAGUUUCACUGUCAAAAGGCUGCAGAAGUAGAAAUUAGCAGGUUGAAUCAAGGGUUAGAGGAGCAGAGGACAAAGCAUGUUUCUGCUGAAGAAAGAAUCCAGCAAGUAAUAGAUGGAAUGGUCGUCAGGUUAGAAGCUUUGAGGAGAUUAUUGGAAGUGAUUGACAGGUUGAAUUUGGAAAAGGAGCAUGAUGAGGAGCCUACAGUGGUGGGUCAGGUGAGGUGGGAGAAGGUUUUUUGGAAUAUACUGCUCAGUGAACUCCAGGCCAGCCCCUCCCAGCCGUACGAGGGGAAAUCUGUAGAGACACUGCUCAGAGAGGGGGCAGAGUAUGUGAUAUUAGAAAAGCAAGUGCUGCUUUUGGGCCAUGGUCUCAGAAAUGGUGGGCACACAAGUGAAGCAUUAAAAGAUCUGGAUAUUAUUAGGAGCAAUGCAAGUUUUACAGGAACAGACAUUCAAAGGCCAGAUGGAAGGGAUAUCACUGAAUUCAACCACCAGGUGUGGGACAUUGAACGCGUCCGUGCACUGACACAGAUGAAACUGUCUUUGCUGACUCACAUCAGAUCCUCUGUUGAGACAGCCCCUGACGAGCUGCAGCUGAUGGCAGACAGGCUGUACCACUUUUACUUUUCAGACGGCCCUUGGUCUGGUUUCAUUCACUCUGCAGCCACCGAAGCACUGUACUGCUGGCGUUUGAGCAGGCUUCACUCAAAAUACGAGCGGGAGCGCGAAGACAAUGAGCACAGACUCCUCACUUUGUCUCUCAACUGCAGCAACUGUGUCAAACUGAUGGAGAAAAACAGGGAACUGGAAGCAAGAAUACAAGCAUCUUUAUGUGACAAUAAAAGGGACAGUUGUUGUCAGACAGAGGACACAUUCCAACAGGAUAUAGAUACAGGGAUAAAGAUAACAAAGGAAGAUGCUACAGAUGAGAUUAGGGAAGUAAAUGAAAAACAAUUUGAAACAAUUGAAAACUUUAUGGAAAUCCUGCUUCCAGACGACGUUGAAGGUCACCUGGGAAUUCAGGAGAUCCCAGAUGAAAACACACAGGAAAGUAAUGACAUCCACGAGGAAACAGUUUCAAGUCAGGAGAUGGAUCAAGUGUCAGUGCUGAGAAGGAGAGUGGAGGAGCUGGAGGAGCUGCUGUCCGUCAUACCUGAGGAGAUGAAAGAGGCCUUUGAUGAGCAAAUGAGUUCUGUGCAGAUGCAACAUAAGAAGGAGGUGGAGAAGCUGAAGGCCACGUGUCAGCAUGGACUUGCCUCCGUGCAGGAGUCGCACCUGAAGGCGGUGGAGGAGCUGCACCGCCGACACCGUCAGGAAGUGGAGCGACUGCUGACGGAAAGAGACCGACUGCUGGAGGAGGAGAGUGCUGCCACUGCCACUGCAAUCGAAGCCAUCAAAAAUGCUCAUCGCCUGGAGCUGGAGAGAGAGUUGCAGAGGAGAUGUCAGUCAGAAAACAGCAGUGGAAACGCAGACCUGCAAGACGUCUACAGGCAGCACGGCGAGGAGGUGGCCUCCUACCAGAGGGAACUCGAGGUUUUGUCGCAGCAAUUCUCUCUGAAGUGUCUGGAGAAUGGACACCUCGUGCAGGCUCUGGAUGCUGAGAGGAAGGCCUUGUGUCAGUGCCAGCAGGAGAACCAGGACCUGAGCACCAGAAACCAGGAGCUGAGCGGGAACCUGGCAGCAGAGAUUACCAGACUGUGUUCUCUAUCCGUACCGCUCAGUCAGGGGACGGAUGUCUACGAGAUGGAGUUCCUCCUCCAGAUCACCCUGCGAGUGAAGGAAUCUGAGUUGCAAUGUCUGAAGCAGGUGAUCACAUCACUAAAGGAAGAACUGCAGUCAGCACAAAGGGACAAGAGGAACGCAACAAAGAAAUACAACGACACAUACACUGAGCUGAGCAUCGUCAGGGCUAAAGCUGAACGAGAGAUGAGUGAACUGAGAGAGAACCUGAGGUUGGCUCACCGGGCUCUGGGUCAAACUUCACCGUAAACACUUCAUAGAGAUCUUCUACCAUAGAGUACUUUACCCUCAAUAUUUAAAACAAUCAGUUAUUUCCUUCCAUACCGUAAAUUUACACCGACUUUAUUGAAAAGUUCAGGAACUCACCUGCUUUUAGUUUUGGAAAAGAUAUCCUCGUCAACUGUGGACAAAAAAACGUAUUACAGUAGCUCUUGUUUAAUGUCGGUGAUGGUUGUCUGGAUUGUGAAACAUUUUUGACAAUUGCUCCCCACUGAUUUGUCCUGCAGUCUUUCUGUGAAACUGUAAGUUUUAGUAUUGGUUUGUGUCUGGUACGUAUUUUAUCUGCACAGUGUUUUAUUACUGUAGUACUUUAAUGUGACUUGCACUAUUCUGUGUUUUUACUGUAGAUAUUUUAGUAUUCAGGCCCCAGUUUCCUGUUGUAUGGUUUUAAUAUUAAACUGCAUUUUAAACAGUUAAAGAUAUUUUUGAAUUAAAUUAACUUUUAAAAAUUGUGUUGGGUGAUGUUCCAAACAGACGUAUCAGCCACAAAUACAGUAACUGUAAUUUAUAUUUGUACUUUGCAGUGUUAUUAAUAUAAAUUCAUACCUUUUUUUAUUUAAAUGUUAUUUUGAUUAAAUUGGCAAAAUAAACCUGAAUAUUGUCUCUGA